UUGGGGGGCUGCUGGGAUUGGUCCAGUUCUCCCACAGGGACAGCCCUGACUCCAGGUCUCCUCCUAGGACCCACCAGAGGCGUAGUUCAGAUCACCCACCUACCAGGCCCCACAAGGAGAGGCACUUCCCUCAGACCUGCCCCUCCUCAGAGUCCCCAUGGGGAGGACCUGAUUCUCCUCGUCUUGCCCCACAUGCUGUGGGAACCCCCUGCCCCCCCCCAACGCCCGGAUCCUCACACUCUCUGUCUCUGCUGCAGGUGCCUGGCCAAUGGGGGGUGCAGAUGAGUUCCCAGUGGGCACAUGCCCUGGGAUGUGCCCACUGGGUGAACUGGUGCAGCGGGAGCGCCAGGGCCGCCUGCACCGGCUGGAGCUGCGGGAGGGGACGCGGCAGGGUGACCCUACCCGCGUGGUGAAGGAGUAUUCCCGUCCAGCUGCUGGCAAGGAGCUGCCCCGGCUCCAGGAGCUGCGCCCUGCCCCAGUGCUGCUGGCCACUGUGCGCUACCUGCUGGGCCAGGUGGUGCAGCGAGCUGACCUGCCCCCAGCUGAGGUCCAUGCUUUCAUCUCUGACCGGUUGCGUGCUGUGCGCCAGGAUGCCACGCUGCAGCGACUGCAGGGGGCUCCAUGUGUGGCCCUGCUGGAGCGAUCACUGGGCUACCUGCUCCAUGCCGGCUACCAGCUGUGUCAGGAACCUCCUGCCCGCUUCGACCCCCACCUCCAUCACACCCAGCUCCAAGAGUGCUUCAGCUGGCUGCGGCGCUGCUACCGGAACAGCUGUCAUGACAGGGAGCCGGCCUUCCAGGCUCUUUUCCUCCUCUACAAUCUGGGCUUCCCGGAAGCCCUGCACCAGGUCCUGCAGCUCCCAGACCCUGUCCGGGCCUCCCCUGAACUCCGCACGGCGCUGGCUGUCAACUGGGCUUACCUGGAGCGCAACUGGGCACGAUUUUUCCGCCUGAUGCAGGCCCUGCCCUACCUGCCGAUUUGCGCCCUUCAUCGGCACCUGGGCCCUGCCCGGCACCUGGCACUGCUCACCUUUAGCCACGGCUUCAGUGCCAGGAACUGUCGCUGCCCUCUGACCUGGCUUGCCCGGCUACUGGCAGUGGACAGCCCUGAGGAGAUGGCAGAGCUGUGCCGCCAUCAUGGGCUCACGGUGCUGGAUGGAGCCGUGGUCUUCCAGAAAACAGCUUUCAGGGACCCAGGCAUGUUGGUCCACGGCCUCUCACAGCUGCUAGUGGACAGUAAACGAGGGGAGGCCCCCCUGCUGGAGGUCAUCGAAGAUGCCUGUAGCUAAUGGUCUGGAGAGACUUGGGAGGUGAGGAUGGGAGCCAGGACUCCUGAGUUCCCAUCCCUGCCUCUGGGAGAGGAGUGAGGUCUAGUUGGCUGGAUUGGGAGUCAGGAUUUAUGGGUUUUAUUGCUGGCUCUGAGGAGGGCUCCUGGUUCUGCUCCUUGCAAUGAAAGAGGAAUCAGGUUUAAAACAAGAGACUGGGAGCCAGGACUGCUGGGUUCUCUUAGUGACUCGGUCACUGAUUCUCUGUGUGUCACCUCCGCCAAGCCACUCCCUUUGCCUGAUUUCCCCCCUGCAUAAAAGGGGGCUAAAGGAAGUAACUUACUUGUGCCUAGUGCAACUGGAUGGCUCUGGGCGAUCUUGUAUGUUGAUGUGCUUGGCUUCCUGCAUUUGACCCCUUGUGCUGGAUAAUUUUUCCUCCCCCCGCCCUGUGGUUUUGCAGUUCAGGAAGCUGGCUCAGAUCUUGGAGUUUGUGGGAGUUUGUUUGGGUCUGAGCUUUGGUGUAAUGGUUUGGGGUCCCCGAUCCACAUGGUGGGGAGCUGUAUGGAAUGGCAGCCAGUGUCCCCUGCCCCAGGUGGGAGGUAAGGGGAGAUGUAGGACACAGCCCAAAGCGCCCCUAGAAUUUUGGGGUGUCUGGAGGUAAUAGAAGUCAGUUUCACAAUAAAUGUUGACUUGUAAGA